CAGAAACAGGGGGGAAGAGGAAGGAAGAAGGGAGUGAGGCUAGGAUGAUUCCAGUAUUGGGGCUGGAGGAGGGAGGAGCAUUUCCUUACCUGAGGGCAGGCCUCUCCCCUUGUUUGCUCUGAGAUAGCCAGUCUGGCGGCUGCCCUGCACGAGGAGGCUGCCCUUUGGGCGCUGCCUUCCCUCACCCAGACCCAGACGCCCAGACCGACCCCCAGACAGCUGGACUCGGUCAUGGCCUGGCUUCCGGGGCCCAUCCUCUGCCGGGCCCUGCUGGGCUUCGUCUGCCUGGGCGGCCUCGGGCUAGCCGUGGAGGUGAAGGUCCCCGCCGAACCCCUGAGCACCCCCGCGGGCAAGACCGCAGAGCUGACCUGCAGCUACAGCACGUCGGUGGGAGACAACUUCGCCCUGGAGUGGAGCUUUGUGCAGGCUGGGAAGCCCAUCUCUGAGUCCCAUCCCAUUCUGUACUUCACCAAUGGCCAUCUGUAUCCAACUGGUUCUAAGGCAAAGAGGGCCAGCCUACUUCAGAACCCCCCCACAGGAGGGGUAGCCACCCUGAAACUGACUGAUGUCAACCCCUCAGACACCGGAACCUACCUCUGCCAAGUUAACAACCCUCCAGAUUUCUACACCAAUGGGUUGGGGCUAAUCAACCUUACUGUGCUUGUGCCCCCUAGUAGUCCGUUGUGCAGUAAGAGUGGUCAGACCUCUGUGGGGGGCUCUGCUGCACUGAAAUGCAGCUCUUCCCAGGGAGCCCCCCGGCCAGUGUACAACUGGGUACACCUUGGAUCUUCCCCUACACCUUCUCCUGGCAGCAUGAUGCAAGAUGAGGUGUCUGGCCAGCUCAUUCUCACCAAUCUCUCCCUGACCAAUUCUGGAACCUACCGCUGUGUGGCCACCAACCAGAUGGGCAGUGCGUCCUGUGAGCUGACCCUCUCUGUGACUGACCCAUCCAAAGGCCGAAUGGCUGGGGCUGUGAUUGGGGUGCUCCUGGGUGUGCUGUUCCUGUCAGUCGCUGUGUUCUGCCUGAUAAAGUUCCAGAAAGAGAGGAGGAAGAAACCCAAGGAGACAUAUGGGGGUAGUGACAUUCGGGAGGAUGCCACUGCGCCUGGGAUUUCUGAGCAAACAUCCGUGAGAGCUGAUUCUAGCAAAGGGCUCCUGGAGAGGCCCCCCUCUGCCAACAGUGUGACGACCACCAAGUCCAAGCUCCCUAUGGUUGUCUGAUCACCGCCUCAUCCUUGCGGAGGAGUAUCAAGAAUUAAAGCCUUUGGGCACCA